AUGAGUGGUGCUCCGAGUCCGCGGAAGUCGAUCGACAGCUUGGCCUCGAUUAAUUCCAUUUCCACCCCGUCACUCCAGCAGUAUGCGCAGUCGUCGCAGUCGCAGUCGCAGCAUGAAUCGCCUCGUAUCGCGCCGUCUCAGCGGAUUCCGCAGCGCAGAUCGUCGACGGCCAGUUCAAUUGUCAGUAUUGGUGGGAUGCUGGACUCUUCCCGACACCAUGGAUCGAUAGCGGAGUUGGGCCAGAAUGCUAUCUCGACACUCUUGCAACCUCCCAUUGUCCGCACCGGUCUCGUGCCAUAUUCACAAGUACCUACAACUGGCUAUAAACCUCCGACCUCAAAGGAUAUCCCGCCUGUCACGCUUACGAAUGUACCAAAUGUUGAAUCCAAAGAUUUCCAACCCUACCUCGAACAAGUCGGAUCCCUUUACGAUACGUUUCAGCGCGCAAAAGAGGGCAAUGAGGAGAAUGAAUCACCGCUAGUCAGGGGUAACAAGGGUGGUUUGUCCCCGAAUCCUGCGCCGGUCAGACUGGACGAAAAUGAUAGCCGACGGCCGUCUGGCAUUGAGCGGCGGCUCUCGGGUGUGUCUGCAAGUUCUCGGGCUGUUUCUCCCUUUGAUAUGAGAGGAAGGAGACGGUCGUCCUACGGCAAGGGUCCGCAGGCUGUCACCCCGCUGUCAACCAUACCGAAUGUUUACUUUGAGGAAGACUUUCACCUUGAAAACCCCCGGACUUUUGAUGUUGUGUCCGAAAGGUCUGAAGUCGUCCGCCAACCUUCCAAACCCCCCGGCGCGGAGAUUGCUGCCAAUGGGUCGACGCUUGAGCCGCCCACAACUGGACGGAAAGUGCUUGCGACAAACGCUAUUCUGCAGGAAAAGCUUUCUUGGUACAUGGACACGGUGGAGAUUCACCUUAUUUCCUCGAUAUCGACCGCCUCCAAAUCGUUUUUUACCGCGCUCGGGUCCUUGCGUGAAUUGCAUGCCGAGGCAGCGGAUUCAGUCGAAAGAAUCAAGACACUCCGCAUGGAUCUCAAUAAGAUUGACAAGGAAAUGGCUAUGGGGGGACUCAAAGUAGUCCACUUGCGCCAAAGAAGAGACAAUGUCAGGAAACUGGCUGAUGCCAUGACUCAGUUACACGAGGUAGUCGAGGCUGUGACCGAGUGCGAGAAAUUGGUGGACCAGGGGGACAUUGAGGACGCGAUUGGUGGCUUGGAUGAGGUUGAACGACUCCUUGCUGGUGAGCAAGCUUCGAGAUCUCGCGGAGAGUCCAAGUCCGAGUCCAAGUCAAGAGUGCCCGUUGAUCUGAGAGGCAUUCAUGCACUACAAGGUGUCGAUGAGGAGCUUUCACAGUUGAGACAGCGGAUAGGAAUGGGCUACGAAAUUAGGUUCCUCAACGACCUGUUGACAGAUUUAAGACAGCACAUUAGUGGUGUUCCUGCAAAUGUCACAUUGCAGCGCUGGGGUCUGUCAUUUCAGAGAAACCGUGUAGGCCAUAGACCUACCCCAUCGAUAUCACCAGCCUAUCUUUCUUUUAACGCCGAAGUUCGAUCAAAACUACAUGUCCAGCUGAUGGGGCUCGGCCGGUCACAUUAUAUGAUGCCAGCGGCAACCUCAUUCAAAGCAGCUAUUUUGCGAGAAAUGAAGGGUCUCAUACGGAAACAUCUUCCUAGUUCCAGUGACGACGAUAAUGAAUCGAUGAUGUCAGCCUCCACUCACGGCGGACGGCAGCUGAGCUCCCAGGAAAAAUCGUCAAUUCUGGCACGGAAUUUGCGAGCUCUUGAUGCUGGAGAUGCCUAUGAGAUGCUGCAGGAAAUAUAUACCAACGUGAGCGAGGCAUUAAGAAGGCUUAGCGUGCAGGUCAAGGUGCUUCUGGACAUUACCAGCGGUCUUGGUACCAGUACCAGUCCCUCGUUGGGCCGGUCACGUAGCCCUGAGCCACGGAGCAUGGAAGAAUUAUUACGGUCAAAGGGACGAGCAGCAGACGUAGCUGCUGCCCAAGAAGAGAUUCUCCAGGUCUUGGACAUGUCGAGCCUGUUGGGUCAAGCUGUGGAUAUUGUGCAGUCGCAGGUUGUCAAGGUACUCAAAGUACGAUCAGAGCAAACGUCACACUUGCCUCUGGAAGAUUUCCUAAAGUACUUUAAUCUGAACCGCCUCUUCGCUGAUGAAUGUGAAGCUAUUUCUGGGCGAAGCGGCACAUCUUUAAAGACAGUUGUUGAUAAUCAGAUUCGAGAUUUCAUCGUCAGGUUCAGCGAUGCGCAACGGCACAAUAUUGUGGAAGUCCUGGAUUCCGACAAAUGGGACGCCAAGGACUUUGGUGAUGCCGAGAAUGCGGUCUUGGAUAAGGUUAUUCGCGCAAGCACGGGGGAUGUCGAUUCGUGGUCUCGAGCUUCCAAAAUAUGGGAAUCACAGACGGAAAAGAGUUCGGCAGAGCCAGUCACCGAAAAUGGCGCUGCUGUGAAUGGCUCAGGCAAAGAAAAAAUACGAACGGCAACAUUUGAUGAACAAAAAUACAUACUCCCACAGUCGGCGUCUACGAUGAUGCGGAGCAUUGAAGAGUUUGAGCACUUGACAUCAAAUAUUCCUAGCAUGACGCAGGAGAUCGGAUUAAACCUGGUAGAAUGCUUGAAGCUAUUUAAUUCGCGUUCUUCGCAGCUGAUCCUCGGUGCCGGGGCUACCAGAAGCGCGGGUCUCAAGAACAUCACUGCAAAACACCUAGCACUCUCGUCCCAGGCCUUGAGCUUCAUCGUGGCGCUGAUCCCAUACGUACGAGAGUUUAUACGCCGACAGUCGUCGUCGGGCCAGCUGAUAGCCGAGUUUGACAAGGUCAAACGGCUUUGUCAGGAGCAUCAGAACGGCAUCCACGAGAAGUUGGUAGACAUUAUGAGCUCUCGCUCGACCAACCAUGUUGCUGCAAUGAAAAAGGUGGACUGGGAUGCAGAGAAAGACCCACGCGCGGUCAGUACGUACAUGGAGACGCUGACCAAGGACACGGCCACUGUGCACCGUAUUCUCGCUCGACAUUUCCCGGAUGCGACGCUUAUGAUGGUCAUGGGCCCGGUCUUUGCCAGUUAUAGGGAGCAAUGGACCAAGGCUUUUCAGGAAGCCACAGUCAAGACGGAAUCUGGAAGACAGCGAUUGCUUUCGGACGCGGAAUACUUCAAGUCGCGAAUCAGCAAGAUUGACGGAUCUGGCGACCUGGGCGACCUUCUCGUUCAAGUGACCAACGCCAAAACUAUCGUGCCGGAGAAGAAUGGCGACCACGACGCUCAAUCCCCAACCGGGUCGCCUCCAGUGCCAGAAAAGGAUACCCCUGUUUCAGCAGAGAAGGAGCCGGCAGCCGAAGCCAAAUCAUAA